AUGUCUAGUGAUAAUCCUUAUAGAUAUAAUAUUGAUGAUGAUGAUGAUGAGAAUCAAUCAAUUAUUAAUACAUCAUCUCAUCCUAAUCAAAAUAAUGAUACAUUUUUAUCAAGAAUAUUUGGUUUAAAUUCAGUUUAUAAUCAAAUGCAAGAAAAUUAUCAAUAUUAUGAUCCAGAAUUUGAUAGUACAUAUAAUCAAAACCAAAGUAUAACUGAAGCACAAGAUGAUGAUUUACCAAAACAAAAUACAAGUUUAUUGAACUCUGAAUCUGAUUCUGAUUUAUCAUCAUCCGAAGAAUCGUACGUAAGGCCAAAUAAACCAAGUGAUGAAGAACAACAAGGUGGUAGUAUUCCAUUAAAGAAAAUUCAACCAAAGAUUACAUUUCAAACGCCUCAAAAACCAACAUCACAUAAAAAGCCAACCACUAAACCAAUUCCACAAGAUAACAAUUAUAAAGGCACUUCAAGAAGAGCUACAAUUGUAAUACCACCUAAAGAAAGAGCAUUAUAUUUAUGGGCAAAUAUCACCAAUAUGGAUGAGUUUUUAGUCGAUGUAUAUUACUAUUAUCUUGGUAGAGGUUUAGUAAAUAUAGUGCUAACGAAAAUUGUUGAUUUAUUAAUAUUCAUAUUUGUUUUAAAUUUUACAAUUUUCUUAAGAUGGGGUAUAAAUUAUGAUUUAUUCUUUGAAAAUAUGAAAGAAAGAAAGCAUAUGACAUUAUCUGAUUUAAUUGUAUCAAAUUAUUUAUUUCGUAAAGUUCCAUUUUCAGUCAAGUUUUUAUUAUUUGGGUUUUUCAUAUAUUUAGUGCUUAGAAGUGUUCAAUUGUACUUUGACUGUAAUUAUAAAUUAAAGGAAAUUAAGAAUUUUUAUCAUCAUUUAUUAGGUAUUAGUGAUAAUGAAUUAAUGACCAUCAAUUGGAAAACAAUUGUUGAAAAAUUAAUGUCAUUAAAAAAUUAUAAUAGUCUAACAUCAAGUAAACCAACUGAAAAUCAUUAUGUAAAUGAUUUAUCAUCAAAAGUUCGAUUAAAUGCUCAUGAUAUAGCUAAUAGAAUCAUGAGAAGAGAAAAUUACAUGAUUGCAUUAAUUAAUAAAGAUAUACUUGAUUUAUCUAUUGGUCUGUUAAUGGAUGAAAAAUCCGUGCUUACUAAGACCCUAGAAUGGAAUUUAAAACUUUGCAUUGACAAUUUUAUAUAUAAUAAACAAGGACAAAUUAAUAAUAAUAUUUUAAAAGAAUAUAAUAGGAAUCAAUUGGCAAAAGAAUUAACAUCAAGAUUUAAAUUAGCAGCAAUAAUCAAUUUAAUACUAAGUCCAUUCAUUGUCAUUUAUUUUAUAUUACUAUAUUUUUUCAAGUAUUUUAAUGAAUACAAAACAAAUCCUUCAUCAAUUAUUGGAUUAAGACAAUAUACACCAUAUGCUGAAUGGAAAUUAAGAGAGUUUAAUGAAUUACCUCAUUUUUUUAACAAGAGAUUGCAAAUGUCAAUUAAUCCUGCUCAAACUUAUAUUGAUCAAUUUCCAAAAAGUUAUUUGGUUAUAAAUAGUAUGAAAUUGGUUAAUUUUAUAUCUGGUUCAAUUUUAGCAGUAUUAGUUAUUAUGGGUAUUUUAUUAGAAGAUGAAAAUCAUUCAUUUUGGUCAUUUGAAAUAACAUCAAGUAAAAGUACAUUGUUUUACAUUUCUAUAUUUGGUACAUUAUGGGCAAUUACCUCAACUUCAACCACACCCAAUGAUCAAAAUUCAAAAACUUCAUUUGUUUAUGAUCCUGAAGCAAGUUUAAGAUAUGUUGCACAAUUUACUCAUUAUUUACCUAGUUCAUGGAAUAAAAAAUUACAUACAACACAUAUUAAAAAUGAAUUUUGUAAAUUAUAUUCUUUAAAGAUUUUAGUUAUAGUUAAUGAAAUUUUAAGUUUAAUAGUUACUCCAUUUUUAUUAUGGUUUAAAAUUUCACAAUCAAGUGGAUUAAUUAUUGAUUUUUUCAGAGAAUAUAGUAUUCAUGUUGAUGGAUUAGGAUAUGUUUGUUAUUUUGCAAUGUUUAAUUUUGAAGAAAAAGAUAAGAAUAUGAUGCUUGAUUUAAAUAAAAAGAAAAAAAAGAAAACUAAAAGAAAAGAUGUUAAAAGUGAUCUGGAUUCUGAUGAAUCAGAUGAAGAUUUAAAUUAUUUAUCAUUCCAUCAAGAUGAUAAAAUGAUUAAAUCAUAUAUGUAUUUUCUUGAAAGUUAUGGAGGCUCAAAACAAGAACAACCUAAACCAAGUCAAUCACAACCUAGAAAACCAAGAUUUACAAAUGAUCAACAAAGUAUUAGUGAUUCUAUUUAUAAUGUAGAUUAUAAAUUCGAUGAUAGUGAUUUUUUGAUUGACGACAAAUCAAGAAAGAAAGGUGGUGUUUUGGGUAUGUUGAAUCAAUUCUACAACCAAGAUUUAAAUAACUCAUAA